UACUGGAGUAGUCAAGAAUAAUAAUGCAUGUGCUUUUGUCAUAAAAAUAGACUCAUUUUAUCGAUCUUAAGUUUCAACUUGCACGUCUCUUGCUUCUUAAUUCCCAUAAUUCAUCCCUAAAUCUUUUUGUCUAUUCUCUCCUUCUCUGGCCCUUUCUCUCAAACAUGGCACCGUGGUCGUCGCCGUUGACACAAUGGUGUAACAACCUACGGCGGCGGAAACCGGCACCGUUGUCGGUGGUGCCAAUAGGAUUGGCUUGUGUAACUAGCUUUCUUAUCCUUUUUUACGUGUCAUUAACUUUUGAUAGCUGCUUCUUUCACCUUACCAAAAUUCAUGUUGACCCUCACCCUUCUCCAGUUGUAGUAGUACAACACCAACUUAAUAAUACUAUUAACGCUAACGAUGAAGAUCAUCCGAUCGUCAAUAAUGCUCAACCAAGUUCAGUAUUACCAGAGUUGACUCAGUUGACCUCUCCAUCAAAAGGUUCCACAGAGAGUAAACACCACAAGAAGAAGUAUGAAGAUGAAGUUUACCAUGACAAAGAAAUCUUCUACCAAAACUACAAAGAAAUGAAAACAAGCCUUAAAAUCUACAUAUAUCCUCACAAUAAAAAUGAUCCUUUUGCUAAUGCCCUUCUUCCAACAAAUGAUUAUUAUCAACCUAGUGGUAACUAUGCAAGUGAAGCUUAUUUCAAGAAUGUACUCUUCAAGAGUCAUUUCAUCACCAACGACCCGUCCGAAGCCGACCUCUUCUUCUUACCCUUCUCCAUUGCCAACUUGAGGCACGAUCAUAGGGUCGGAGUUCGCGGCCUGCCGGAUUUUAUAUUCAAUUAUAUGACCAACAUUACUCAAAAUUACCCGUACUGGAAUCGAACUGGGGGUGCUGACCAUUUUUAUGCUGCUUGUCAUUCUAUUGGUAAGCUUGCCAUGGAAAAGGUUGAUCAAGUGAAAAGUAAUGCCAUUCAAGUAAUUUGCUCAUCCAGUUAUUUUCUUACCAACUAUUAUGCUCAUAAGGAUGUUUCUCUCCCACAAAUUUGGCCUAGGCAUGAAGAGCCUCUAGAUCUUGCUUCAACUUCUAAACGGAAGAAACUAGCAUUCUAUGCAGGAACAGCAAUCUCACCACUACGAAAAGCAGUGGUCAAAACCUGGGAAAAUGAUUCAUCCAUCUCUGUCCAUGGCGGGAGGUUGAAAACACCAUACUCAGAACAUCUCCUUGGAUGCAAAUACUGCUUACACAUAAAGGGGUUUGAGGUAAAUACAGCGCGAAUAGGGGAUGCAUUUUACUACGGAUGUGUUCCAGUUAUUCUUGCAGACUACUAUGAUCUUCCAUUCAUGGACAUCUUAAACUGGAAGAGCUUUUCCGUCGUUAUAACCUCAUCAGACAUCCCUAAUUUGAAGAUAAUUCUACAGAGUAUAAGCCCUAAAAAAUACUCAAUUCUGCAAGCCAAUGUGUUGAAAGCGAGGAAGCAUUUUAAGUGGAAUGAUUCUCCUCUUGAUUUUGAUGCCUUUUAUAUGGUUAUGUAUGAACUUUGGCUUAGAAAAACCUCCAUUAGAGUCCUGUCUUAAUCAUGGAGUGGAGUCUUAGGCUAUUUUAGUUGAUUUAUAUUGUGAUUAAUUUAUCUUUGUAAUAAUAUAUAAAGCGGUAUCAAUAUCAUUACCUGAAACCUUUUGUGUUAAUAGUUCGGUUUAUUAACAUGUUCAAUCUAACUCGCAACAAGAACUUGCAAAAAGAUAA